CGGACAAUUUACAUUGUAGCACGCCGGCAAACCUGAAAACACAGCCCUCGCAUGCCGUGACAGCAGCAGGAUGUCCAGAGUCGAGACUGUGCUGAAUGAGUCUGUAUUUAUCCUGCUGACACGUUGAAUAAUUGAAAUGUAUGAAGCGUCGGACAGAGCGGAUCUGUCAGAGAAACCUGCACCUCCAAACUGGAUCCUGCAGCAUCCGGCGUAUCAGCAAAUGAAGAAUCUGGAGGUUGGGGACAGUGCUCAAGUCCAUGCAGCUUUCCUUGUGUACAUGGAUCUGACUGAGGUGCGACGGUGGAAAGAUGUCUCUUGUGUCAAGAGUUCUGAACUUGAGGUUGUUUUGCUGGAGGGGAGGGAGAAGGAAGGAUCGCCCAUCCACACAGUUCUCCCACUGCCUGCUCACCAAUCUCUGAGCCACAGAAGUAUACGACAUGUGCUAGACAGAGGAUGUCCUAUGCUGUUGUGCGCGGUGGCGUCAGACUCCACUCUGGUCUACCAGAGGAUGACUGAUGGGUUGGUGACACCGGACCCACCUGCAGGCCCCUUCCAAGAUGUGGGACGCCGGCAGCACAGGAAGAGACGACAGCAGCACUGAGCGUCUGGCAGAAGAAGGAACCUCGGUGCAGUUGGUGAACUAUCGAGGGGAAGAAAAGGAUGAGCUGUAGCCGGUCUGUCUGUCUUUCACUCUGUGCAAGCUGCUGCUAAAAUAAGAGGUGUGCUGAUGACAUGGCAGCAGGUGCAAAUGGACCUAUCCACGGUGCCCUUCUGGGAUCCUGUAUGUGGUUGUGAGGCCCAGCCUGCCUGUGAUUCCCUCUCAGUCAGAAACAACGGGCUACAUCCAACCAGUGAGGUGUCGCUGACUGGUUUCAAACCUUUCUGGCUUGUGACUACUUAAAAUGAAGCAUUGUCUACCUGUGACCCAUCAUCACUGGUUGUAUUUGUCUAUGGUUAGCAGACCAAACAAGGAGUUAUUUAUAUAAGACUAUUUUUACAUUAGGUGAAGAGGUCAAAUGAUCCAAUAAUUCACAAGAAAAAGUCUAGAUUAUAGAGAGUUAUGGAAAUCAACAUCAUUUUGUGUUGUGUUGUUAUUUUUUUGCAGCCCCUUUAGAAGGUUUGACCACAGGCAGGGAAACAUUAAUUUAGUUCAUUUUCAGAGAAACCACUUGGUAACUUUGACAGAACAUGUGCUGCCAAAACCCUUGUGUUUGGGAGAUUUGUUGUAUUGUAUCCACACUACAAUGUUGACUAGCUGCUCCUUCAAUAUAAUUAGGGAUGUGUUCACUCCAUCCUUCACCAUAUGUGGUCACAUGACUCCCCAGUAACCUUCAAAUAGGACCUGAUUACUUCCACAAAACAUUAACAUUACAUGUAGAGCCUGUCCAAUACUGGAUGUUUUAGGCUGAUACAGAUAUUGAUUGUUAAUGAUUAAAAAAUAUAUAUUAAUUGUAAGCGGAUAUUUGUUUUUAUCAUAAACACAUAACACAAACAUUUUGAUGUAAAUUACUGCCAUACACAUAAAUUACUCUGAGUUAUUUUGCCAAAUAAAGGUAAAUUUUGUGUUCUUAA